UUUUAACGGAGCAUUGACGGUGUUGCACGCUGUCUAAAGCAACACCAGAUCACAGAGAGCACUGUCAGUAGCAAUUUAAAAAUACUCUUGUUGUUAAUUCAACGCCUUUUUAAUUCAAGGAAAGAGACGUUUCUUCUGCUGUCGUUACUCUUGAGCAGAUCAGAUCCUGCUUGUGUAAACAUUAUUUCUGGUAUGGAUGGCACGAUGAUGGAAGAGGAGGAGGAUGACUGCCCGGAGUUGGUGCCUAUCAACACCCAGCCCGGCCUUCCCGCAGAGCAGAUACCUGUCACCAUCAUCACAGGCUACCUAGGUGCUGGGAAGACGACACUACUGAACUAUAUUUUAACCGAACAACACAACAAGCGGAUUGCUGUCAUACUCAAUGAAUUUGGAGAAGGCAGCGCCCUGGAGAAGUCCCUCGCUGUGAGCCAGGCAGGGGAGCUGUAUGAGGAGUGGCUGGAACUGAGGAAUGGCUGUCUCUGCUGCUCCGUCAAGGACAAUGGUCUUAAAGCCAUUGAAAACCUGAUGGAGAAGAAAGGGAAGUUUGACUACAUUUUAUUAGAAACCACAGGACUCGCUGAUCCAGGAGCCGUAGCCUCCAUGUUCUGGGUGGAUGCGGAGCUUGGCAGCGACAUUUACUUGGACGGCAUCGUCACCGUCAUCGACGCCAAAUAUGGACUGCAGCAACUGACGGAGGAAAAAGCAGACGGACUGGUCAAUGAAGCAGCCAGACAGAUUGCUGUCGCCGACCUGACCAUCAUCAACAAGACGGACCUGGUGAAUGAAGAGGAAUUAAACCACGUCAGAGACACUGUCAGAUCUAUAAACGGUCUUGUCAAGAUUCUUGAAACCCAGAGAUCAAGGGUUGACCUCUCUGAAGUGCUGGACCUGCAUUCCUUCGACACUAAGGACGGAGUGAAUCUCGCAGAGAAGCUCCAACUUGUGAAAUCUACAAGGCCGCAUCUCGACAAGAGCAUUUUAACCGUGACGUUUGAAGCGUCCGGAGAUCUCUCCGAGGACGCACUGAACGCCUUCGUCCAGGAUCUCCUGUGGGAAAAGACGUUCUCCAACAAAGAGGGGCAACCCAUGACUGUCAUCCGGUUAAAGGGCAUCGUUUCAUUUGCGGGUAAAGCCCAUCAAGUGAUGCUGCAGGGGGUCCACGAGCUGUACGAGCUGAAUGAGACUCUGCAGCUUUGGGAGGAGAACCCACGGAUCAACCGGCUGGUCUUUAUAGGUAGAAACCUGGACAAGGACAUCCUGCAGGAGCAGUUUAUGUCUAAAGUGGUACUAGAUGCAGAGGGAAAUUAGCUUAAAGGCCCUGUGCAGUUCUCCACAUAAAAAGCUAUUGAUUCUGGAGCAAACACUGAAUCACAAACUGAGAUUCUCUUCCAGGCAUUCACUCCCUUUCUAUGUGAGGAUGAGGUUACGUCAGAGGAAGAUAUCUGUAGUGGUCAGAACCGAAAUUUCAACUGUUGCAACUGGCUUCAAAAGCUGCAUAAGUAAGAGUGCUUAAGAAACGGGGGUCCUUCUGACCCCGGAAGCAAACCAAACAUGCUCAGUAUAAAUGGCCUCUAAAAGAAAGACUUACUUUGUCUAGAAAUGUAAUGUACAUUGCAUUUUUAGGAAGGCGGCUGGUGUUGCGCUCACUGUAUCAUCUGUGAUACAUUAAAACUUCUUUACUUUCUGACUCUGCACAACUGUAUUUUUAAAUGAUUAAUAAUAAUAAUUAAAAAAGAAAAC